GGUCACAUGCUCUCCGGAGAGCUACGGGAGGGCGCUGGGUAACCUCUAUCCGAGCCGCGGCCGUGAGGAGGAGGGAAAAGGCGAGCGAGGAGGAAGAGUGGGAGGAGGAGGGGAAGCUGCGGAGGAGGAGGAGGAAGAGGAGGAGGAGAGGAGCACAAAGAACCCAGGUCUCCAGGCGGGAGGUUUAUACCAAGAACCAUGUGUGCCGAGCGUCUUGGUCAGUUUGUGACCCUGGCUUUGGUGUUGGCCACCUUCGACCUGGCGCGGGGGACCGACACCACCUACCCUCCCGAAGGUCCUCAAGACAGGGGCUCCCAACAGAAAGGCCGCCUGUCUCUGCAGAACACAGCGGAGAUCCAACACUGUUUGGUCAACGCUGGCGAUGUGGGGUGUGGCGUGUUUGAAUGUUUCGAGAACAACUCUUGUGAGAUUCGGGGCUUACAUGGGAUUUGCAUGACUUUUCUGCACAACGCUGGAAAAUUUGAUGCCCAGGGCAAGUCGUUCAUCAAAGAUGCCUUGAAGUGCAAGGCCCACGCUCUGCGGCACAGGUUCGGCUGCAUAAGCCGGAAGUGCCCRGCCAUUAAGGAAAUGGUGUCCCAGCUGCAGCGGGAAUGCUACCUCAGGCACGGGCUGUGCGCCGCGGCGCAGGAGAACAUCCGGGUGAUGGUGGAGAUGAUCCACUUCAAGGACCUGCUGCUGCACGAACCCUACGUGGACCUGGUGAACCUGCUGCUUACCUGCGGGGAGGAGGUGAAGGAGGCUGUCACCCACAGUGUUCAGGCCCAGUGUGAACAGAACUUGGGAGGGCUGUGCUCCAUCCUGAGUUUCUGCACCUCAGCCAUCCAGAGGCCCCCCACGGCAUCCCCUGAGCACCAGUUCCAAGGGGACAGAGCCAGGCUCUCCAGGAUCCACCGCGGGGAAGCCAGCCUGCACUUCUCAGAGCCCAGCAGCAGGGAGGCUGUCAGAGGCGCCAGGGGCGAGCGAGGCAGCAGGAGCCACCCACAGGCCCAGGCCCGGGGCCGAGCGGGGAGCCAGGGGACCCAGGGACCUUCUGGAAGCAGCGAGUGGGAGGACGAACAGUCUGAGUACUCUGACAUCCGGAGGUGAAAUCAAAGACCGGCCAUGAAAUCUUUCCUCCACGCCGUCCAUUUUCUUAUCUAUGGACAUUCCAAAACAUUUGCCAUUAAAGAGGGGGGAUGUCACACGCAGGAUUUUGUGGGAYUGUGGACUUCAUGACGGUGUGUGAACAGGUGAGAUGGAGGCUCCUGGGGCAGCGGGGUCUCAGCGGGCCUGGUGAGCUGGGCACCUGCAUGUGCUCAAGGGCAUCCCGAGACCUCCUUGUAUCUCUGUCUUCUUCCCAUCGUGGGCCAGUGAGUGGUGGGCUACUGUGUACCCUGCUCUGGGGGAGGUGAAUGCCCACCUGCGCUGGGCCAAGCACCGGGGCUAGACCCUGCAGCCUCUGGCACUGUGGGAGGGCAAGRCGGGGCCAGAGGGGAGAGAGGAUGUCCCCGGAGGUACAGGGGCUGGUGCACAGGAGCCGCACAGUGCUCUGCAGAACCCGAAUUCAGUUUCCUGCAUGGGGCCUCUUGGUUCAGAGCUGCUUGAAGGAGCGAGGGCAGAGUCAUUUCCAUGUGUGAUUUCUGAGCCAUUGUUCUGCCCGGGGGACACAGUCCGAGGGAGUGACCCCUGUGUGUUUAUACUUUAACCACUGCUUCCAAUCUCGAUUUCACUUUUUUAUUUAUCCAGUUACAUCUAUAUAUCUGUUGUCUAAAUAAAUGCCUUUCAAACAAAGCAACUGGUUCAUUAAAACCAGCUCAAAGUGGGAGGAAAAACAGCCCCGGCCCACCCUUUGGG